GUUGCAGCUAACAACAUUAUACCUAAAUAUCUCUCUUUUAUGUUCCACAUAUGAUAUAAGGCCUAGAUGAGGGUAAGUAAAUGAUUAUAAAAUUUUCACUUUUGGUGUAAUAAACCCUUUAUGAAUUUUUAAAUGUUCCAUUUCACUGAUUUACCACAAGGGGGCGUCAGAUCACCGUGAAGGCAUGCACGUGUGUCUCGGAAGUGUGUACAACAUAAAUAAAGGAUAUUUUAAAUAUUUUAAACCUUGAGAUUAUGAGUAAUGUAUCCUUUACUUAAUCUAAUAUGUUUUUUUUUGUGACACUAAAGAUAAAACCAAGAAAAUCCUCAAUCACGUCUCCCUAUAUCCUCUCUUGGUAUUGGGAUCCUUACAGUGAACUUCAUUUUCUCUUCCUAUUCCUUCACAAAUACCAUCUGAUUUAGAAAGAUCGUGGAAUUAAAAUAUGUAGGAUGUUAUGAGAAACAAUAUCCUAUUUACAUAAUUCCUCAUCCUUCGACGUUUUGCAAAAAACGGAAAUCAAAUCAAACGCGCAAAGUCUUUCGCGCGUGGGUGGCGCUACAAGUUUGCAGGCUGUGUCUAUUGGUUUGUGAGGUGUAUAUGCGCAGAUACGUGCAGGAUUUGAUGUACAUGAAGACUUAAACUCGAGGGUUACGUAGCAACUGAUCAAACUUUGAUUGGCUUGAGCUGUGUGCACGUUCAGCAGCAGCAGCAGCACACAGUAGCGCGCAGGUCACAGGUUGCGGGAACGCGCAUUGGACUCAGCGUCCGCCUUCACAACACAGUGGAUACAUACUUUGAUGUUUUAUCAACAUCAGCAUCAAAGGCACAUUGUCGCAGAAGUGUGAUAAUAAGAGAUCGAGAUAGAGCAAUGGUUUAAAGCAGUCUCGGGAAGACCAUCACCACUUGAUGAUGCAUAUGAACAGUUUACUGAACCGGUGGAAUGAGAUCUCCAACAUCCGUGAGGUGGACUCUACUCCAGAACCAGUCAGCCCAACACUACUCAAUGAAUCCAUAGACACUUACUGUCAGAAGGACUGCUUUCACCGUCUCCGCACCACGGUCCGCAAACUUGAAUUCUGGGAGGACUUCAGCGGAGAGCUCGUUGGUACUGGAUUCUUCUCCAGAGUCUAUAAGGUGAUGCACAGCACUACGAAAAAGGUCAUGGUGGUGAAGAUCUAUAAGAAUGAUGUGGAUCAGGACAGCAUUGUGAGGGAGAUCAGCCUCCUUCAGAAGCUCUCCCACCCCAACAUAGUGAGGUACCUGGGCAUCUGUGUCAAGGAGAACAAGAUGUACCCUAUUCUCGAGUAUGUUAGCGGAGGCUGUCUGGAGGAGCUGCUGGCCAGGGUUGACGUCAAUCUCUGCUGGAGAGAGAAAAUCGAUCUGGCCUGUGAUAUCAGCCGAGGGAUGGCCUAUCUGCACUACAAGAACAUCUAUCACAGAGACCUCAACUCUAAGAACUGUCUAAUCCGCGUGACCUCGCGAGGGAGAGAAGCUGUGGUGACAGAUUUCGGCUUGGCCAGAGAGGUGGGGGAGCUGCCCGCAAACGACCUCGACAGGAAGAUGUCUCUGGUGGGGUCGGCGUUCUGGAUGGCCCCUGAAAUGCUCAGAGGAGAACCGUACGGCCGCAAGGUCGAUGUCUUCUCUUUCGGGAUCAUGCUGUGUGAGAUCUUGGCAAGAAUUCCUGCCGACCCAGAGGUGCUGCCCAGGACCCAGGAUUAUGGGCUGAAUGUGGAAUCCUUCAGAGAGUUGGUGCAGGGCUGCCCAGAGCGGGUUCUGGAACUGUCUGCCAGCUGUUGUCAGAUGGAUGCAUUCCGAAGACCUUCUUUCUCUGAGCUUCUAGAUAAGCUGGAGGACAUCUCUGAGACCCUUGAGCCUCCAGACAACAUUCUGGCCACAGGGUGACCUUCAGAAAUCUCUCUCAACAAAGCCAUGGACUAAAAUAAUUAAAGGACUUUGCUGCAUGGGAGUCGGCCGUGAUGGACCAUGACUAGCCCUCUGUUCCCGCUGUAAAGGGAAUGUAAUGGAAGACAAAACCGCUCGACUGAAUGACCACUCAAUAGUGCUGCACACCAUUCUUGCAAUGUGUGACACCGAAUGAUUGAGCGUGUGCAAGGUUGAGUGUUUCUUUACUUUUUCUAUACAAAAGAAAAAAACAGUCUGAUUGUUUGGGGACCAAAUCUCAAAGAUCUGAAAGACCAAAAUGACCUCUUACCAACCCCUGAUUUAAGAAAAUGUAUAACUGCAAAGAGAGAAAGUGAAAGUUCCAGACCUGGAACUAACUGAACUGGAGAAAUUCAGGUGUGUGAGAUUUAAUGUUUGCUUUUAAUAUACAAGCAUACGUUAAUACAGUAUAUUCUUUAAAAAACUGUCAACGUUAAAAGAUUUGCACAUACGUAUAUUACAAAAAAAGCUGAACAACACAUUAAACCUUUUUUUUGCGUUGAAGGCUUUGAAAUAAAUUUCCACAGGUAAAGAGUUCUUAAAUUUGUAUUAUAUUUGUAUAUCACUAUUUUAGAUGAUACUGAAGUAGUUUACAUUUAUAAACCAGAAUCUAUUUUGUAUACUAAUUCAGAAAGUGUUUGUAUUAUUUCUGGCUCUAUUUAUGUAAAGUAUGGUGUUUGGUUACAUGGGUACAUUUGUAUUUCAAGAUUAUUAAUUAAAACAAUAAAGUUAACAUUUGAUUACUUUGA